GUGGCAAACUUCACCCUGCGGCUGGAGCAGGAACAGUGGAAGGUCACGGUGAACGGUGUGGACAUGAAGUUGCCCGUGGUGCUGGCCAACGGCCAAAUCCGAGCCUCUCAGCAUGGUUCAGACGUUGUGAUUGAGACCGACUUCGGCCUGCGUGUGGCCUACGACCUUGUGUACUAUGUGCGGGUCACCAUCCCCGGAAACUACUACCAGCUGAUGUGUGGCCUGUGUGGGAACUACAACGGCGACCCCAAGGAUGACUUCCAGAAGCCCAGUGGCUCGCAGGCAGGCAAUGCCAAUGAGUUCGGCAACUCCUGGGAGGAGUUGGUACCCGGCUCUCCCUGCCUGCCGCCGCCCACCUGUCUGCCAGGGAACGAGGGCUGCGACACCAGCACCGAGUGUCCUCCCGAGCAGGAGACGAAGUAUCAGAAGGAGGAGUUCUGUGGGCUCCUCUCCAGCGCCACAGGGCCGCUGGCCUCCUGCCACAAGCUGGUGGAUCCCCAGGGUCCCUUGCAAGAUUGUGUCUUUGAUCUCUGCCUGGGUGGUGGGAACCUGAGCAUUCUCUGCAGCAACAUCCAUGCGUAUGUGAGUGCUUGCCAGGCUGCUGGAGGCCACGUGAAGCCCUGGAGGACGGAAACUUUCUGUCCCAUGAAGUGCCCAGCGAACAGCCACUACGAGCUCUGUGCAGACACCUGCUCCCUGGGCUGCUCGGCUCUCAGUGCCCCUCUGCAGUGCCCAGAUGGGUGUGCUGAGGGCUGCCAGUGUGACGCCGGCUUCCUCUACAACGGUGAAGCCUGCGUGCCCAUCCAGCAAUGCGGCUGCUACCACAAUGGUGUCUACUAUGAGCCGGAGCAGACAGUCCUCAUUGACGACUGUCGGCAGCAGUGUACGUGCCAUGUGCGUAAAGGCGUGGUGUGCCAGGAACACAGCUGCACGCCGGGGCAGGUGUGCCAGCCCUCCGAAGGCGUCCUGAGAUGCAUCACCAAAGACCCGUGCGACAGUGUGACAUGCCGGCCACAGGAGACGUGCAAGGAGCAGGGUGGCCAGGGCGUGUGCGUGCCCAACUAUGAGGCCACGUGCUGGCUGUGGGGCGAUCCACACUACCACUCCUUCGAUGGCCGGCCGUUUGACUUCCAGGGCACCUGUAACUAUGUGCUGGCAACAACUGGCUGCCCGGGGGUCAACACCCAGGGCCUGACGCCCUUCACCGUCACCACCAAGAACGAGAACCGGGGCAACCCCGCUGUGUCCUACGUGAGAGUCGUCACUGUGUCUGCCCUGGCCACCAACAUCUCCAUCCACAAGGGCGAGAUCGGCAAAGUCCGGGUGAACGGUGUGCUGACAGCGUUGCCCGUCUCCGAGGCCAACGGGCGGAUUUCAGUGACCCACGGUGCAUCCAAGGCACUGCUGGUGGCUGACUUUGGACUGCAAGUCAGCUAUGACUGGAAUUGGCGGGUAGAUGUGACGCUGCCCAGCAGCUAUCAUGGCGCAGUGUGCGGGCUCUGUGGUAACAUGGACCGCAACCCCAGCAAUGACCAGGUCUUCCCUAAUGGCACCCUGGCUCCCUCCAUACCCAUCUGGGGCGGCAGCUGGCGAGUCCCAGGCUGGGACCCACUGUGUUGGGACGUGUGUCCGGGGUCCUGCCCAACGUGUCCUGAGGACAAGUUGGAACAGUACGAGGGCCCUGGCUUUUGCGGACCCCUGGUCCCUGGCACAGGGGGCCCCUUCGCCACCUGCCAUGCUCAUGUGCCACCUGAGAGCUUCUUCAAGGGCUGUGUUCUGGACGUCUGCAUGGGUGGUGGGGCCCAUGACAUUCUUUGCAAGGCGCUGGCUUCCUACGUGGCCGCCUGCCAGGCCGCUGGGAUUGUCAUCGAAGACUGGCGGGCACAGGUCGGCUGUGAGAUCACCUGCCCAGAAAACAGCCACUAUGAGGUCUGUGGCCCACCCUGCCCGGCCAGCUGUCCGUCCCCUGCGCCCCCUGCGACCCCAGCCGCAUGCGAGGGUCCCUGUGUGGAGGGCUGCCAGUGCGACGCGGGUUUCGUGCUCAGUGCUGACCACUGUGUUUCCCUAAACAACGGCUGCGGCUGCUGGGCCAACGGCACCUACCACGAGGCGGGCAGUGAGUUUUGGGCUGAUGGCACCUGCUCCCACAAGUGCCGCUGCGGGCCUGGGGGUGGCUCGCUGGUCUGCACACCUGCCAGCUGUGGGCUGGGUGAAGUGUGUGGCCUCCUGCCAUCCGGCCAGCACGGCUGCCAGCCCGUCAGCACAGCUGAGUGCCAGGCCUGGGGUGACCCCCAUUACGUCACUCUGGAUGGGCACCGAUUCGAUUUCCAAGGCAACUGCGAGUACCUGCUGAGUGCACCCUGCCACGGACCACCCUCCGGGGCUGCGAACUUCACUGUCACUGUAGCCAACGAGCACCGGGGCAGCCAGGCUGUCAGCUACACCCGCAGUGUCACCCUGCAAAUCUACAACCACAGCCUGACACUGAGUGCCCGCUGGCCCCGGCGGCUACAGGUGGACGGCGUGUUCGUGGCUCUGCCCUUCCAUCUGGAUUCGCUCCUGCACGCACAUCUGAGCGGCGCCGACGUGGUGGUGACCACAACCUCAGGGCUCACGCUGACUUUCGAUGGGGACAGCUUCGUGCGCCUGCGCGUGCCGGCGGCGUACGCGGGCGCUCUCUGUGGCUUAUGCGGGAACUACAACCAGGACCCCGAAGACGACCUGAAGGCCGUGGACGGGAAGCCUGCUGGAUGGCAGGUGGGCGGCGCCCAGGGCUGCGGAGAAUGUGCGUCUGGGCCAUGCCCGUCGCCUUGCACCCCAGAGCAGCAGGAGUCCUUCGCCGGCCCGGACGCCUGCGGCUUGAUCUCCGCCACCGACGGCCCGCUGGCGCCCUGCCAUGGCCUUGUGCCACCCACGCAGUACUUCCAGGGCUGCUUGCUGGACGCCUGCCAAGUUCAGGGCCAUCCUGGAGGCCUCUGUCCUGCAGUGGCCGCCUACGUGGCAGCUUGUCAGGCCGCUGGGGCCCAGCUCGGCGAGUGGCGGCGGCCGGACUUCUGUCGUGAGUACUGCUCCAUGCAUGGUCCCUAUAGCAGGGUCUCUCCCUGCCCUUCCUUUCCAGGACUGUAAGACAGCAGCCCCUUCCUCCUCCAUGGGGCU